CAAUUAAGAUUAGAGGCAGAUCAUGUUACAUCACGCAUUAGAGGCAGAGCAUGGCAACAGUUGUGAAGAACAUUGUGUUGAGUUUUGUCAAUAUUUUUUCUGUGAUGUUGUUUGGCUACGUAAUCAACGGUACUUGCCGGAGUCAGGUUUCGUUCGCCGUGAAGUGCCUGGUAAUAUUGGGGUGUUGUAUCGUUAGCGUGCUGGGAUCUCUGUUUGUGGAUUCGCUCAAGGGCGAUCGGCAGCAGAUUCAGUCGGCAAUUGGAGGAACCGCCGACCCAGCGAGGAAGGAAAACUGAUCGUGCAACCCUGAUAUUUGUUUGUAAUAGUGGUAGUUUCUGAUCUUAAAUUGACGUUCUAGUGUUUUGUGAAUGAAAAAUCUGAUGGCCUCAGACUCAGUUAUGUGAAUCGUUGUAAUCAUGAUCAGUUUAGAAAAUUUCUCUUGUUAUGUGAAUUGUUCGUGUGAACUGUGUCCUGAUUCUUUGGAGAAGACUAUGCCUAACAUAUGCUCGAUGAAAUGCCCCUGAGGAAACAUAGUUGGAAAUUAUCUUCUUGUAACAGCGUUGUCUGUCUUGAUUUCAUAGAAGAUUAUGCCUAACGUAUGCUCGAUGAAAUGUCCCUGAGAAUGCAUCCCACUGGCAUCCGUUUCCCUCUAGCCCACAUAUACUUUACUUUGAUUGUUCCCGUUAUUCGUACUCUAGCAAUAAUUUUGAGUCGCCGAUCAGUAACAUUGAUGGCGAAUGAUAGUAACUAGCCUCGAAAUGAAUAGUCUGCAGAAGU